AUGCUACGAAAAGACAGUUCUUACAGAGAAAUAUCCUUAACGGACUCCAUAGAGCAGAAAUCAUUUUUAAACUUAACCAGAAAACCAUCCAAUGCUGAUUUUAAAGGAAAGACACCCUUAGGUGUCUAAAACAAAGAUAAUAAGGAGAAUUCAUCUGCAAGAAUUCAUUCUGAUACACCUCCAUAAGACUUUUUUUUUAAAAGAGAAGUCAUCAAAUCGGAGAAAUAGUUACCCAAUGAGAAAACAGCAAUAUAUAAUGAUGCAUCAAGAUUUUAAUCAUCCAAAACGUAUAUGGAAUGCAGGAUGGAAUAAGUAGAACAGCGCAGAAAAACCUAAAGUCCAUAGUUAUUGUCCAUGACUCCUGUUCAGAAUAAGUAAAUCAUUCAAGAAAGUUAUAAUCAUCUCCAAUAACCAUAAUAAUAAUAAUAACAAACAGUUUAAAGUUCGAUCAAUUUAACUAGAAAGGCUUCAGUUGUUCCUUCAAGAGGGUUAUCUACCUUAUCUUCCCCAACUCCUAAAGAAGGAGAUUUUAAUAUCUAUAAACAGCAGAGCAGCAUACCAGCAUCAUAUUUGGAUUCAGUUGUUACUAAUAGAAAUAACAAAAAUUAUACUGUUCCGGAACAGUAAUAAUAAUAAUAACCACAAUAACAAUAAUAAUAAUAAUAUUUAUAAUAAUAAUAGUAACAAUAACAACAAUAAUAAGAAUAGAAAAAUCCCUCUCUAAAAUUAUACUACAUUACUUCGCUAAUUAAGGCUUUUAAAAUGAAAGGUCCAAAUUCAGCAAAAGAGCAUCUCAUUCAUAAUAUGCAGGGAAUCAUAAUCGCUAAGAAGCUAAAAGUACCCCCAGUUAAGAAAGCCAUAACAUUGCCAGUGACUGACAAGAAAACUCUGCUGUUUGACUUGGACGAAACAUUAGUGCAUUGUAACUCAAAUAGUUUUAUCCCUGGAGAUGUUUUACUCAAUAUAAAUCACGAAGGAGAGAAGAUGGAAGCUUCUUUGAAUAUUAGACCUUAUACCUCUCAUUUACUUUAGUCGUUAAGUAGAAAUUUCGAAUUGAUUGUAUUUACUGCUUCUCAAUCACAUUAUGCUAAUGCGGUGAUAGAUUAUUUAGAUCCAUAGAAAAAGUGGAUAAGUCACAGAUUCUAUAGAGAACACUGCAUACCUACAGAUGAUGGACAUUUCAUUAAGGAUCUUCGUAUUUUUACAACAAGAAAACUAAGUGAUAUGUUGUUAAUUGACAAUGCUCCUCAUUCUUAUCUUUAUUAAAUUUAAAAUGGGGUGCCAAUCAUACCUUACAUCGACAAUAAGUCAGAUGAAGAAUUGAAAUCGUUAUUGUAAUAUUUGAUGUAAUUUAAGAAUGUUAAGGAUGUGAGAGAAUUGAAUAUGUAGCAAAUGAAAUUGCAUCGUUUUUCAGAAUAUGAUGACCCUCAAGAACUAUUAAAAUGUGAAUUUAAUGAAUACUAAUUAUAAUCCGUUUUAUUAUGA